CUUCAUCUACAUCUACCAUUCGUACUCGAUCGUGGAAGCGCCGGUUCGAGCCUACUGGCGGCGAGCGCGAGCAUUCCUGCUUCUCAGGACGACGUGGCCACCCGUUCCCGUUUUUCAGCGGUUGGACCUGGUGUAUGUGAACCGCGAAGCGUCCCAGGCUCACUACGGCCAGGCAGAAUGACCGAUCGCGUCACGUUAACUCGCAAUGACGUCGGUUUGCAUUCGCAACUCAGCCAGCGUCGCGACGUGGCGGAGAACCCACGCUUUCAGGCCGCCUUGCUUCUUGCCAUCGUUGGCCUGGGAAGCGCGAUGAUCCUGGUGCUCAGCCUCGUGUUCAGAGAGACCGGUGGCGAAGGAUCUCUGACUCAUGACCUGCUGAUGAAGUCCCUCGCCUGGAAACGUGAUCAGCGCUUAUUGGCCGAGGCCUACCGGCGCUCCAUGGAUCGCACCGCGGACCCCUGCGAAGACUUCGAGCGCUUCGUUUGCGGAAACUCGGAUUCCGCCCACCUGCUUCGCGACGUGCGGGCCAGGGCACUGGCCGAGGCCGGCCGGCAGCUGGCGCAGACGCUCGUUGCCGCCGUCGAGGGCAGUGGCGGCAACCUGACGGCCUUGCAGAAGGCGGCGUCGCUGUUCCAGCUGUGCGUGCGCCUUCCUUCGCUGGAGGACGACGCGGCGCCCGAGCUGUCGGACCUGCUCCGCAAACUGGGCCUUGGAUGGCCGCCGGACCCUCUGCCACCGGGAUUCGUCGAGGAGUCGCCUGCGCCCACCCCAAUCGAGGCCGAAGCGCUGCUCACCAAGCUAAUCACGCUUUCCCUGCGCUGGGGCUUACACGCGCUGUUUCGAUGCCAGGUCGAACCGGAGCAAAAGCCGAAUGGCUUGCUGGUGCUGACCGUGCGAAGCAGUGACGAGCUGUCCAACUGGCUCGAGGCCCGAACCGAACUGCAGCGCUCGGAGAAGUACAACGAGGCGCUCCUCACUGUGGUGGCCGGGUUUCGCUGGCCUGGGGGUCGACAGCAGGCCUUUAGUGUCGUCCGAAGCGUCGCCAGUGCAGAUCGCCUCCUGAGUGCACUCAUCUCGAACACCAGCCUCUGGUCCGGCACUCACAUAAGUGCAGAGACAUGGCGCCAGGUGGCGUCGAAGGUGGCUGGCCGACAGGUGACGCCCUCUGUGCAGUCAUCGACGCUGCUGACGGCGCUCGAGCACUUCGUGCUCAAAAUGACCGACGACGCUUCAGUGAUCGCCGCAUGGCUCGUACUGCGCAAGCUCUCCCCUCUCAACGUGACACCCUUGCUCGAUGAGGUCGAGGUGCAAGACAGACGCUCCCGGCACUGCAUGAACAUGGUUAACCGCGAAAUGCCUCUAGCCGUCGCUUCCGCGUACGCCCGCGCUUCUGACACAGCAGCGAACACCAGCACAUCUGCGGCAGCGGACGUGGUAAUCCACGACGUGGCGUCCAAGAUGGCCGAGCUGUUGGAGGCAUCGGGCCGGUUCCAGAUAGUAGAAAGCCUGCGAACCAUCAAGACCAUCUUUCUGCUGCCUAUGGAAGACGAGGUCGUUGACGCGCUGUACGAGUCGGUUCCGGUGGCCGACGCCAGGCGCACUUUGUUCGGCUCUGUGGUGCAGACGACCACCGCCCUGAGCGGGCGUCGCUUGGCAGCGCUCGGCUCCAGGCUCGACCACCUGUCGCUGCCCCUGUUCGUGGAUCCACUGGACACCAGGGUGCGCUACCUCGAGUCGCUGCACGCAUUGCUGGUGCCCAUGUUGGUGCUGCAGCCGCCCGUCUUCGGACAGACGCUCACCCCCGCCGUCAACUACGGGUCCCUCGGCCGACUCGUUGCCGAGGUUUUGAUCGAGAGUUUCGUGCGGAAUCCGUACAUGACGAAGUCCUGCAACGAAGCUGCCGACAAUUUCACAGCUGCUGUGCUUCUGCACGCCGCCGCCGAAAGGCCCGUGGGCCGUGCAUUUCAGGGCCAAACGAACAACCGCACCGCUCCGAACGAAGCCCGGCUGCUGGGCUUCCAAGAUUUCAGCGACGAACAGACCUACUUCGUUGCAGGCUGCUACGUUCGCUGCGGCUCUGAGGCAUCGUGCAGGACGCCAUUCCGCCACAAUCGCUGGUUCUCGGCCGCCUUCGGCUGUCCCCAAAACGCGGCCAUGAAUCCGGAGGAGAGGUGCACCUUCUGGUGAAGACGCCCCCCCCUGAUGGUGUGCUGCCUGACCCCAAGGCGCACCACGUUUCCCCCCGCGCAGAACUUGCGCUGCAAUAGCGAUCGACGCUUCUUUGGACAUUCUGUCAAUAUAAAUUCGAAUCAAGAACAUUUAACGUCGGCUACAUUGCGCUGUACGCUUGCUGGUUUGACGCAGGUUGCCGUUUCGGGUUAUGCGUGCGUUUUUAUGCGGGCUUUUAAAAUGAUCAAAAAUACGUCUUUGGACGACGCAUUCUUGCGGUAUUUAACGAGGAUCUUAUACGCUGUCGCAUUUGUGUUGAAUUUGUUUCUUUGUCUUUGGUUUUCAUUGCUCGGUUAUGAAAGUUGCCGUCUCAGACCUUUUAUU